GUGACCAUACUCCAAUCUCAGCCUCAACCCAGCUGGCGAAAUCACGGCAGGCUUGAACCAAACAAUCAUGGCGGAUGAAGGCGCGUCCAAGCGGGAAAAACGCGAGGUUGACACUCAGCUGCCCGCGGGCUGGAUUCAAAAAGAAAGCAAGUCCAAGCCCGGGAAAUACUACUACUUUAAUACAGCAACGCAGGAAUCCGUGUGGGAGCGGCCCACAGCAGCGGCUUCAAGCAAAGGAUCAACUGCACAGUCCAGUGGUCCGAGCAAAGUGCGCGCAUCGCACAUCCUAGCCAAGCAUCGCGAUUCUCGCCGACCCUCUUCCUGGCGACAAAAUACCAUCACCCGCACUAAGGCUGAAGCCAUCGAAAUCAUCAAGCGCCACCGAGAAGCCAUUGCGCAGGGAGCUGAUUUUGCCAAAAUCGCCGAGACGGAAAGUGAUUGCAGCAGCGCAAAGCGGGGCGGUGACCUCGGUGCCUUUGGCCGUGGCCAAAUGCAAACAACGGAUGUGAUGACACCCGGCUCUCACACCACUUGUCUUGCAUCACCAUGCUUCCCCGCCAAUGCAGAGGCGUUUGAAAAGGCAGCGUUCGCCCUCAAAGUGGGUGAGCUCUCAGACCUAGUCGAUACAGAUUCGGGCAUCCACAUCAUCCUGCGUACCGAGUAG